AUGAAGACAUCAACUCUGGUGUUCAUCCUCACCAUUAUCUCAAUGUGCAGCAUUUGCUUCGCACAAAGCUCCCCAAAAGAUUUUCUUGAUGAACACAACAAAGCUCGUAAAGAGGUUGGUGUUAAACCACUGGUAUGGAAUGAAACUCUCGUGGCCUAUGGGCAGAAGUACGUGGACUCGAAGAAAAAAAACUGCGACUUUGAGCACUCUAUGGGGCCUUAUGGGGAGAACUUGGCGCAGGGUUCUGGUGACUUGAGUGGUGUGGACUCGGUGAAAAUGUGGGUGGCAGAGAAGGCCUAUUAUGAUGAGAAGAACAACGAGUGUGUUAAGGAAGAGUGUUUGCAUUACACUCAGGUGGUUUGGAACACCACAGAAAGUGUUGGAUGUGCUAGAACCAAAUGUGACAAUAACUGGACGUAUGUCAUCUGCAACUAUUACCCUCCAGGCAAUUACGUCGAGAUGCGACCUUACUAACAUUUUAUAGUAACCAUCCACACACAUACAUGUAUAUAUAUCUAUCACUCUCUAUAAGUAGCUUUAACUUUCCUUAUCAUUAAAUGUCACCAUUACCAUUGUGUAGUAAGAUACAUUUUUGAAAUCUUUCUAUCACAUGAUAAUGAAUUUUGGAAGUGUGUGAAUAUGAAUUAAUUAUAAAAACCCUUGUGUUUUUCUCUUCUGCUCAGAAACUCCACUGUAUCAGUUUUCAUUUGAAAGAACACCCGAGUAUCCUGUAACAUGAUCAAACUAAUUCUCAAUAAUAUCUCCUAACCUUUGCAGAGAAAGAAAUUGCUGGUCCAAACAUGUGAUAAGAUGUUUUUGUUAUUUAAUUUAAUUCUGUUGAAAAUAUAUCAUUAAACAAAAGAAAAGAAAUUAAAAAAGAAGUUUAUGCAAGGAUAGCAGAACCCAGGGAUAGAGAGAAAAGGAAAGGUAAGAAAGAAAGAAUAGAAUUGUAUAUUAACUCUGUAAAAACCUGUUAUCAACGUACAUAGAACUGUGUA